GUGGACGCUAGAUGGAGAAGGACUGAUAGGGGGAAGCAAAAAGCGGCGGACCGGGAAAAGCCUGCCUGUCUGGGCCUGGGAGAAUUUCUAGAUGCAAAAUGUCUGUGAAGAGGAAAGCAGAGAGUGUGGUCCCGGCCGAGGAAAGUGACCAGCUCCUCAUCAGACCGCUAGGCGCCGGUCAGGAAGUCGGGAGAUCAUGUAUCAUUGUAGAAUUCAAAGGAAGAAAGAUCAUGCUGGAUUGCGGGAUUCACCCAGGAAUGGAGGGGAUGGAUGCGCUUCCAUAUAUUGAUUUGAUUGAUCCUGCGGAGAUUGACCUACUUCUGAUAAGUCAUUUCCACUUGGAUCACUGUGGGGCUUUGCCAUGGUUUCUGCAGAAGACGAGCUUUAAGGGCAGAACAUUCAUGACGCAUGCGACCAAGGCUAUUUACCGAUGGCUGCUCUCAGAUUACGUCAAAGUCAGUAAUAUCUCUGCAGAUGACAUGCUGUAUACGGAGACUGACUUAGAAGAAAGUAUGGAUAAAAUUGAGACCAUUAAUUUCCAUGAAGUGAAAGAAGUGGCCGGAAUCAAGUUCUGGUGUUACCACGCCGGGCACGUGUUGGGUGCUGCCAUGUUUAUGAUUGAGAUUGCGGGCGUCAAACUGCUGUACACCGGUGAUUUCUCCAGACAGGAAGACCGACAUCUGAUGGCAGCAGAGAUCCCGAAUAUUAAGCCCGAUAUUCUCAUUAUUGAAUCUACGUAUGGCACACACAUUCACGAGAAGCGGGAGGAGAGGGAGGCGCGAUUCUGCAACACCGUACAUGACAUUGUUAAUAGGGGAGGAAGAGGCCUCAUCCCCGUGUUUGCCCUUGGACGAGCGCAGGAACUUUUGUUGAUCUUAGAUGAAUACUGGCAGAACCACCCAGAGCUGCAUGAUAUUCCCAUAUACUAUGCCUCCUCCUUGGCUAAGAAAUGUAUGGCUGUGUACCAGACCUAUGUCAAUGCCAUGAAUGACAAAAUCCGCAAGCAGAUAAACAUCAACAACCCUUUCGUCUUCAAGCACAUCAGCAACCUGAAGAGCAUGGAUCACUUUGAUGACAUUGGACCCAGUGUGGUUAUGGCCUCCCCCGGUAUGAUGCAGAGCGGUCUGUCCAGGGAGCUGUUUGAGAGCUGGUGCACAGACAAGAGGAACGGAGUGAUUAUUGCCGGCUACUGCGUGGAGGGGACACUGGCAAAACACAUAAUGUCGGAGCCGGAGGAGAUUACCACCAUGUCUGGCCAGAAGCUCCCUCUGAAAAUGUCCGUGGAUUACAUUUCCUUCUCUGCGCACACAGAUUACCAGCAGACCAGCGAGUUCAUCAGGGCCCUGAAACCCCCCCACGUGAUACUGGUGCACGGCGAGCAGAAUGAAAUGGCGCGGCUUAAAGCCGCUCUCAUCCGAGAAUAUGAGGACAACGAGGAAGUUGAUAUUGAAGUUCACAACCCCAGGAACACAGAGGCAGUGACUCUAAACUUCAGAGGAGAGAAACUGGCUAAGGUUAUGGGUUCCCUUGCAGAUAAGAAGCCAGAACAAGCUCAAAGGAUCUCGGGCAUCCUUGUAAAGCGGAACUUUAACUAUCACAUCCUGUCGCCAAGUGACCUGUCCAGUUACACUGAUUUGGCCAUGAGCACUGUGACCCAAACACAAGCCAUUCCAUACACAGGCCCCUUCAACCUGCUGUUCUACCACUUACAGCAACUCACAGGAGAAGUGGAAGAGAUUGAAGUGAAUGACAAGGAUUCUUUGAGGGUUUUCAGGGCGAUCACGGUGGUGAAGGAGCAAGGCAUGGUGAUGUUGGAGUGGGUGGCCAACCCAUCUAACGAUAUGUAUGCUGACACUGUGGCCACAGUCAUCCUGGAGCUACAGUCAAACCCUCGCACCCAGAAAGCGGUGUCGCGCAAAGUCAGCAAAGAAGUGGACAUGGAAUCAUACAGGAAAAGGCUGGAGAUCAUGCUGCAGGACAUGUUUGGUGAUGAGUGUGUGAAUAAUAACACUGAUGACACGAUCACCGUAACGGUGGAUGGGAAAACAGCCGUUUUGUCUCUGGAAACACGGACCGUGGAAUGUGAGGAAGGAAUUGAUGAAGAUGAAACACUGCGGGAGUUAGUACAACUAGCUGCUCAAAGAUUAUAUGAUGCUCUUGGCCCAGCAAAACUUUAACACAUGACUCGAUGUAUGUUUGCCAGUUAAAUUUCUUCACGUCUGUUUUUUGGGUGGGGGGGGGGGUUGUGUUUUUUUUAAUAUGUAUGUCAUUCCAUGCAGUUUGUUAUACUAUUGGUGGUCAGCCACUUUUUAGUUGGGACCUGAGCUUGAAGCAUCAGUCUGGUAGUGCUUUUUGGGAGCCAAAAAAAAUGGCUGUUCACGUUAAAAUGAAUUACCUAUCGGACCCCACAUAUAGGUUCUUGGGCCCCAUCAGGUAUAACCAUGCCAGAAUUCAGUGACCUCACAUGUCUUAGUGAUAUAACUAUAUCCUCAUGAGUGGAUAGGCCACAUCCUCAUAUGCUACCUACAAAGUGGCCGUCCGCAUGUGUGUUUUCAGGAGGUAAACCUUUACUAUAUGUCACUAAUAUUUCCAUAUAUCAUAUCCAUGAUAUUGUACGUAUCAGCCAGUCACGGUACUCCGACAUUGCAAGUUUUCAUGCUGACCUCUGUGGGGAGUGACAAUUGUGAUGUGAAUGGAUGCAAUGAAAGGGCACAUUGCAGCUAUCACAAUGGAUUGCAUCUCCCUCAUCCAGCAGUCUCUAUUUAUCAAGCCUGUUCUAGGCUGAGAUAUAUAUUACACUGCUCCUUCAGGAUAAUACCAUGUAGGGAAACACGUGGAAUCAGUCCUUAAUGAGUGUUAAUAGGAUGUUUCAUGCUGUAAAUAAUUUGUUGUAAUACUGAACUGUGAAUACUCAGCAGCAAAACAUUAAAGUUUUUAUAAAGAGUC